AUGGUUGUCGUUCAAAAUUUAGCAGAUCCUAUUCAUAUAGAGUUCAAUACAUCAGACUAUGAAUUUAAAGAAGCCAGAUUUAUAUUAGAUUUUAUCGGUGUACAUAAAGUUAUAAAUAUCCCAAAAGAAAAUAUACAAAUUAGUGAACAUGAAAUAACUAUUUUAAAUCUUAAAACCCUGGUACCCAUAGAAAGUGAGGAAUUUACAGAUAAUAUAGGGGUUUUAGAGCUUCUAUUCAAUGACUUUUUACAUAUAAAGAAGGCAUUAUAUGUAACUCCAUCAAAAAAUAAUAACGAACUGAAAUUAACUAUUAUAUAA